AUGCCGAUUCCAACCGUACGUCGCUCCAACCGCGACCGGCACAUGGUAUACUCGAGUUUGAAGGAGAAUGCCAUCGGAAUGGACAGUCCGCUCAUCAAAAGUCUGGUUUGUGAAGCCAAUACGAAGGUAGGUGAAUAUUAUUAGUGUUUUUGGGUUUUAGGUAACAUUUUGGAUUGAAUUGGAAAGAAUUGGUUUUCAAAACUUUAGAUUGGGUUUUAAACUUGUUCUAUAGACUUUUUGACCAGUAAGAUUCCUUUUCAGAACGACCUAUUCCUUCGAAGAUCCAGCCGUAACCGAGUCCACAAGUCCUUCGAUAACUAUGUCAACUACUCACCCCUAAACAAGUCCGAACUCUCAGAUAACGACGAGAACAUUCCCCAUCGUCCACGACGUCAACCCGUGAAUCGUCAGUACCUGUACGAUGAAGACUAUGACGAACCAGAAACCGAAUACAUCGUCCUACAACGAAGAAAUCGGCGAACUCGACAUUCUGCACCAUCAAAAGACCUAACCGUGGUGCCAAGCACUAGUCGCAGAACCAAAAGGUCGACAGCAGCGGAAGAGGUUGAUGAUGUGGAUGGUGGGAUAGUUGGAACGUUGGAAAUGAGUCAAAAUGAAGAUUCACAACAAGCAGAAGAUAACGAAGUUCUUGAAGAACCGGAAUUCUCAUCGUUAUCAGAGAGAGUCAAGAGAAGAAGGCAACAGUUUGAUGAAGAAGAAGAGCUUCAGAAGCCACGGGCGAAAAGAGCAAAGCGAGUACAAUAUGAAGAUGAUGAAGAACCGGAACUCAGUCAAAAUGCCACAAGAAAGAGAGAAAAUGGAGGGGAACGGUAUUCUGUUUCGCCUGAAGUAGGUUUUUUUAUUUGUUUCUUAAUGUUUAGGUAACAAAAUGUGAUGGAAGAUGAUUUGAAGGGUCUUUGCUGGUGUUUUAUGGAGUAUAAUAUAGGGAAAACACGAUUUAAAAGGCAUUUUUUUGAUGUUUUAGGUAGUAUAAUAUAAAACAAAUUGGGUUUUUGUGUCUUUUUCACAAAUCUUUACGAUUUUUGGAACUUUAGCUAAUAUAACAUCUAUAAAAUCUAAUUUUUAGCCAGACGAUGGCCGCCGCUACUUUUUCCGUCGCAACCGAAACCAAGUGAUCCGGCUACAAGAUGAAUUCUCCAAAAAACGCCCCCGCCGCCGCUCCAUACGUCAAUCCACUCGUGGCUCACGUAGCGAAUCGAAACGCACCUCUCGUUACCGUGAAUCCUCCAGUAGCUCCACCUCGGAUUCUGACAACGAUGCCAUGGCCAAGGAUUUGAAGGCAGAAGCCAAGUUCGAGCGUCGAAAGCUAAAGUCGCUGGAGAAAGGCCGAAGCAAGUUCCUACCGAUGAACAUGAACGCUACGGAGUGGAAGAAUCGUCAGAAUCUGAACAACCUUAUCCUAAGCAACAGUACCCAAGUGGUCGGCGAUUUGGAGCCAAUGUCGGUCGAUAAAUCGACCACUUUUAAGCAGAUUGGUGGCCUAGACUCCCACAUUCAGUCCCUGAAGGAAAUGGUCGCUUUUCCGUUAUUGUAUCCCGAGCUCUUUGCCAAAUUCAAUAUCUCAGCACCAAAAGGAGUACUAUUCUAUGGACCGCCUGGUACCGGAAAAACAUUGGUCGCGAGAGCGUUGGCUAACGAGUGCUCGAAGGAUGGAAAGAAAGUUUCGUUUUUCAUGCGAAAAGGAGCGGAUUGCAUGAGCAAAUGGGUGGGGGAGUCGGAACGGCAGCUCAGGUAGGGGUUUUUUAAUUUUGAAAAAUAAAAAAAAAUUAAAUAUUUGAAAAUUUGGAUUUAAAAAAAAAAUUAUUUUUUGGAAUUUUAAGUUUAGUAAGCCUAAAACUAUCAAGCAUACUAAGCUACGGUUCAUUAAGCCUAAUCUCACUAACAAUGUAAGCCGUAGUCUAAUAAGGUUAAGAUUACAAACGUUUGGCUUUUUAAGCCUAAUCAUACUAAGACAAAACUUAAUAAGCCUAAGCCUGCUAAGCCUAUGAAUACUAAGUCUAAGGCUAUUAAGUUUAAACUUAGAAAGCUUAAACUUACUAAACUCAAGCCUAAGCUUACUAAUCCUAAGCCUACUAAGCAAGUUUAAGCCUGUUAAGCUUCAGCCUACUAAGCCGAAAAAUACUAAGUUUAAGCCUACUAAGUCUAAGCCUACUAAACCUAAGUGUAUUAAGCCUAAACCUACUAAGCCUAAGCUUAUUAAAAAUAAGCCUAAACCUUUUUUUUUAAUUUGGCAAAAAUUUUUUGCUAAAUUUGAAAAAAUGUCAUUUUUUUAGAUUGCUAUUUGACCAAGCCUACCAAAUGCGACCUUCAAUCAUAUUCUUUGACGAAAUUGAUGGUCUAGCCCCAGUUCGAUCCUCAAAACAAGAUCAAAUUCACAGCUCAAUCGUAUCAACAUUACUAGCUCUGAUGGACGGCUUGGAUAAUCGAGGAGAAGUUGUCAUUAUUGGAGCUACAAAUCGACUGGAUUCGAUCGACCCAGCAUUGAGACGACCAGGAAGAUUCGACCGGGAGCUGAGAUUUGAUCUGCCUGAUAGGAAUGUAAGGUUUUUGAAGAGUUGUUGAAAUUUGGAUGGAUUGAAAUGGCAAUUAGAAAUGAGAAUCGGGCCGGGUUUAACAUUUAGGCUUAGCUCCUUUCUUAUGUCUAAUGGCAAUAAGGUUCUUUGCCUAAAAAUGGUUUUUCUCGUGUAACUUGUCACCCGCAGACUGCGUAACACAAAUUUUUGUAUAUUUUGAGUUGAAAUGGCAAAAACUUUCUUUACAAAACAAAAAAUUGCAAGAAUUUUCUUUACAGGGCAAAAAAUGGCAAGAACUUUCUUUACAGCACAAAAAAUGGCAAGAACUUUCUUUACAGGGCAAAAAAUGGCAAUAACUUUCUUUACAGGGCAGAAAAUGGCAAGAGCUUUCUUUACAAAACAAAAAAUGGCAAGAACUUUCUUUACAAAACAAAAAAUGGCAACAACUUUCUUUACAAAAUGUAAAAGGCAAGAAUUUUUACGUUGCCAUGUUUCAGGCCAGAAAAUCUAUCCUAAACAUUCAUACCUGCAAAUGGGAAGUUGGCAAGCCAUCUGACGAGAUCCUAGAAUCUCUAUCCGAAAAGACCUCAGGCUAUUGUGGCGCAGACCUAAAAGCCCUAUGCGCCGAAGCAGUUCUAGUUGCCAUCCGAAACCGAUACCCACACAUAUACAUCAGGGACGAGAAGUUGGAUCUGAAUCUUGAUUCGGUAGAAGUAUCAGAAUGGCACUUUGAUCAAGCCCUGAGGCGUAUCGUACCAGCCUCAAGACGUGGUGCUACAAUGUCAAUUGGCACUGUGAAUCCAAGAACCAACGUGUUUUUGAAGGAGAACGUUGAGAGGAUUCUGAAUGAAAAGAUUCCGUCAGGUUAUUUGGGUAAGAGCAAAGAUAAGGUGGUUAAGAAGGCUUCUGGAGAGGAGAAGAAGGAUGAAGAUGUGACGAUGAAUGAAAAAGGGACUUCUGAAGGUGAUAGAGGUAGGAAGGUUUGGAAUUUGUUACUGAAUUAGGAUUCUGAUUCUUAAUGUGCACUUUUGUUUGAAAAUGGCAAGAACUUUCUUUAAAGGACAAGAAAUUGCAAGAACUUUCUUUACAAAACAAAAAAUGCGGUUUAUCGUAUAACUUGUCACCCGCAGGCUGCAAAACGCACAUUUUUGAUUAGUUUGUGUUAAAACGGCAAGAAUUUUCUUUACAAACCAGAAAAUGGCAAAAACUUUCUUUACAAAGCUAAAAAUGGCAAAGACUUUUGUUACAAAAAGGAAAAAUGGCAAGAACUUUCUUUACAAAACGAAAAAUGGCAAGAUUUUUCUUUACAAACAAAAGAAUUUCAAAUUUAAAAAAUUUUUAAAUUUUUCAAAAUUUCAGAAUCCGAAGCUCAAAAAACCGCUUCAGAAGCUGAAAAAGUGGCUGAAUUGGAAGAAGUGCUCCAAUACUUAUGUGUACCAUUAGCUGUACCAGCCUUCCGAAUCCUCUUGAACUCAGACGGUGAAAAAGGACAAACUCGCUAUUACCUGCCGGCUUUACUGAGUAAAUUGGACCAUCUACCGGUAUUCUCAGUAUCAUUUCACUCAUUGUACACUAAUGGACAGCCAGAAGAAACGCUGAGUAAUAUUGUGACAGGAGUCUCGCAGGCUACGGCCAGAGGAUCAUGUGCCAUUUUGACGUUGCCUGACAUCGAUUGUCUUCAACAACAGAUCAGUGCGUCGUUGUGGGAUAUGGUGGGUUUAUAGAUUGUGUAUUGGAUUGGAGAAAUGGAAAUGAUAUAGGGGUUUGAGGCUUUGCUUUUAGUGUUGGUUUAUAUACAUCAUGAUUGAUCGUUAAUACUAAGCAUAAGACUAUAAAGCGUAAGCCUAUGGGCUCUUGAGACUAAGCAUAAGCCUAUGGACCCUUGAGACUAAGCAUAAGCCUAGAAAUCCUAAAAACUCGGUUACAGCCUACUGAUUUAAAAUUUUUCAGAUAGUAACUUCCCUACAACGAUUUGAUGAUUUCACGCCAUUGCUGAUCAUAGCUACUUCGAAAACCGCCUACAAUGAAUGUGACGAUACCAUCAAGGAAAUAUUCAAGAAAAGAAACUCAUUUGAAAUCACACUGCCAACAAAGACCACAAGACAAGAAUAUUUCAAAAAGAUUAUGGAAGAGGCUACUGAAGAACCGAAACGAUUUGAUUGUAAGUUUUUGGGUAUUAUAGUAGGUAUAGAAAACUGGUUGGAUGGGUUGUAAAUGGUUUUUCGUUUUUAUGAAGGUUUUGAUUAUUUUUCGGUCAAAAAAUUCAUAGAAAUUUAUUUUUUUCAAUUUUGAUCAAAAGUUUAUGGAAUUUUGUUUUUAGAAAUAUCGGUCAAAAAGUUUAUGGAAAUUUGUGAAAUUUUGGAAAAAGUCAAUUUCUACAAACUUAUUGACCGAAAUCAAAAAAAGUAUUUUCUAUGAAAUCUUUGACUAUUUCUAUGUACUUUUUGACCUUUACAUCUUAAUUCUAUGAAUUUUUUGACCAAUGUUUAAAAAAUGAAUUUUUCUGAACUUCUUGACCAACUCUUUCCCUUUCAGUCACCUCAUGCCCAGAACCAAAACCCGCCGUCCAAGAGAACUACACCGCUCCAAAGCUGACUGAAGCCGAGCUGAAAGCUCUCGAGAAGUCGUACGAAAUAAUGCAACGUCAGCUGAGAAUCUUCCUCCGCGACAUUCUGGCCAAACUCAUCAGAGAUCGCCGAUUCAACGUCUUCAAUUUACCGGUAAAUACUGAAGAUGCGGAGGACUACUACGAAAUCAUCACUAACCCAAUGUGUUUGUCUGAUAUGAUGUCGAAAAUCGACCAGAAAAGGUAUAAUAAUGCGAGAGAAUUCCUGGAUGACAUCACUUUGAUCAAGGAAAACGCAUGGGAAUAUAAUCCACCGACUAGGAUGGAGGGUAAGGGUUUUUUGAAAGAAUAGGCUUAAAAUGAAAUAGAAAAAUUUGAAAAGGUUUGGGUUUUUCUUGUUUGUAAAGAGUUUUUGCGGUUUUUUGGUUUGAAAGAAAGUUCUUGUCAUUUUGUGUUUUGCAAAGAAAGUUUUCGCGGUUUUUUUAGUUGAAAGAAAGUUCUUGCCGUUUUUUUGUUUUGUAAAGAAAGUUCUUGUCAUUUUUUGUUUUGGAAAGAAAGUUAUUUCACUUUUUUGUUUUGUAAAGAAAGUUCUUGCCAUUUUAUGUUUUGUAAAGAAAGUUCUUGCCAUUUUAUGUUUUGUAAAGAAAGUUCUUGCCAUUUUUUGUUUUGUAAAGAAAGUUCUUGCCAUUUUUUGUUUUGUAAACAAAUUUCUUGCCAUUUCUCGCACUUUUAACAUAUUUAAAUUUUUUAUCAUUUCCAGACCUCCACAUUCGUCACAGUGCCGCCGCUCUUCUCGACACAACAGAAGCUUUGUUCGACAAUGAAUUGGACGAACAAUUCGAAAUCAAACUAGCCGAAACUUUGAAAAUCAUCACAGAAACCAAAGAAAGACUUUAUGGAAAGGCUAAGGACGAGAAAGAAAAGAAAAAGGCUGAAGAAGAAGAGGAAGCAAAACCAGAACAAGAAGGCAGAGAAAAGGAAAAGAAAGAAGUCGUUAUUAACAAGGAAAAGCUGGAUGAAUUAGUUCAAUUUGUAAGUUUUGAAACAAAGUUUUUGCGGUUUUUUAUUUUGUAAAGAAAGUUUUUGCCAUAUUUUGAUUGGUAAGGAAAGUUCUUGUCAUUUUUUGAUUUGUAAAGAAAGUUUUUGCCAUUUUUUGUUUUGUAAAGAAAGUUCUUGCCAUUUUUGGUUUUGUAAAGAAAGUACUUGCCAUUUUAUGUUUUGUAAAGAAAGUUCUUGCCAUUUUAUGUUUUGUAAAGAAAGUUCUUGUCAUUUUUUGUUUUGUAAAGAAAGUUCUUGUCAUUUUUUGUUUUGUAAAGAAAGUUCUUGUCAUUUUUUGUUUUGGAAAGAAAGUUAUUUCACUUUUUUGUUUUGUAAAGAAAGUUCUUGCCAUUUUAUGUUUUGUAAAGAAAGUUCUUGCUAUUUUAAGUUUUGUAAAGAAAGUUCUUGCCAUUCUCUAUAUACCUAAAAUAAUAUUUUCCAACUUUCAGGCCGUAACCCGAACUCAGGAAUGGCCAAUUCAGGACAUUGAAGCACUCGGAGUGACCUUAAUUACACACAUUCAGGAAUACCGUGACUCAUGGGAUCGAGCCGACCUCACGGACAAGUUAUACGACGUAUUGUGCACGUUCGAACGGGACUAA